AGGAAGUAGUGGAUCAAGUGGAACGAGUCACUUUAGUAUUGGUGGAUCAGGAGGCAGCGGUGGAUCAGGAGGAAGCGGUGUGUCAGGUCAUGGUGGAUCAGGAGAAAGUGGUGGAUCAGGAGGCCGCGGUGGUUCAAGAGGCCGCGGUGGAUCAGGAAGUUAUAGUGGAUCAGGUCAUAGUGGAUCUGGUCACGGUGGAUCAGGAAGUAGUGGAUCUUCAAGUGGGACAAGUCACUUUAGUGUUGGUGGAUCAGGAGGCAGUGGUGGAUCAGGUCAGAGUGGAUCAAGAGGCCGCGGUGGAUCAGGAGGAAGUGGUGGAUCAGGUCAUAGUGGAUCAGGAAGUUAUAGUGGAUCAGGCGGCACUGGUGGAUCAGGAGGCAUUGGUGGAGCAGGUCAUAGUGCAUCAGGUCACGGUGGAUCAGGAAGUAGUGGAUCUUCAAGUGGGACGAGUCACUUUAGUGUUGGUGGAUCAGGAGGCAGUGGUGGAUCAGGUCAGAGUGGAUCAGGAGGCAGUGGUGGAUCAGGAGGAAGCGGUGGAUCAGGAAGUUAUAGUGGAUAUAGAGGCAGUGGUGGAUCAGGACAUAGUGGAUCAAGAGGCCGUGGUGGAUCAGGAAGCCGUGGUGGAUCAGGAGGCAGUGGUGGAUCAGGUCAUGGUGGAUUAGGAAGUAGUGGAUCAAGUGGAACGAGUCACUUUAGUAUUGGUGGAUCAGGAGGCAGCGGUGGAUCAGGAGGAAGCGGUGGGUCAGG